GACAACCCCUCCUCCCCCUGUAGAGCACAUGAUAAGCGAGCAGCGCGGAUAAGCGGGGUUACAGUGGUCUCUGGUCGAUCGAAUGUUAAAUGGAAUACCAUUGAUAUAACGUCCACCCAUAUCCUUGAUGGUGAUUAUUAAUAACGUUAUACUUCAUUCAACCCAACUUCGCCUGACCAUAUUAGCUAAGGUAUUCCGCCUUUGUUGAACUUGAUACCCACCAGUCUCCCACCAUGUCCGACAACCCAAUGCAGAUAGUGUCGCAAGGUUAUGACCACAUAGCUGAAUCGUACCUCCACUGGGUCGAGAGCCAGCGCUCUCCGCGCGAGCACUACACCGAAAAGCUCCUCUCCCACUGCCCUCCCUCCCCACGCAUCCUCGAACUCGGCUGCGGCGCCGGCGUGCCCAUCACGCGCAUGCUCCUGGACCGCGGCGCUCAGGUGGUAGCCAACGACAUCUCGGCCAAGCAACUCGACCUGGCCAGAGCGCGGUGUCCAGAAGCGGCGCUCAUUCCCGGCGACAUGACCGCCCUGUCUUUUGAACCGGAGAGUUUUGACGGCGUUGUCGCCUUCUUCAGCAUCUUCCACCUGCCGCGGGCCGAGCAGAAGGGCAUGUUCUCCAAGAUUCAUUCGUGGCUCAAGCCGGGCGGGAUGGUUGUGUUCAAUCUGGCGACGGCGGAUGAAGAGGAGGUGUACGGGGAGUUCCUGGGCCACGGCAUGUUUUGGAGCAGCUUCGGUGCGGAGGAGAGCAAGGCUAUGGUGACGGAUGUUGGACUCAAGGUGGUUGAGUUUGAGGAGCUCGAGGCUGGGGACGGACAGGUGGAUGAGAACGAUCCGGAUUAUGGGGUAAGCUUUAUAUGGGUUGCUGCAAGGAAGGGACUUGUUCUGUGAGGUGGAAUGUGUGGUCAAGUUGUUGCAUCAAAUACCAAGUACACCUUUAGUUGAACAAGCCCAGAAUUUUGAUCAUGGUACCUAUUUGUG